AAGUUUUCCCAUUAACACCUUCUGCAGUCGCUGUUUUUGUUGCACUUAUUAUUCGUAGCUUGACCUUAGCAUGUGAGCUUUACUGCAUGAUAGUGGACCAAUACACCUGAUGAUGAUGUGACCCCGCAUGACCCUAAGUUUAUGUUAACUCCUUUCAGACAAAGUUAAACACUAAUGGUGCAUUCACACCAAGGCCGGAAUCAUAUUUACUCUGACGCAAGUUGUCCGGAGACAGACGAUAUGUGACGCCGUGUUGGGUAUUAUGAUUUUUUCACCUCAGCCAAUACUUGUUGCACGACUCACUGUCUCUGGAGAGAGAAAACUGUCUUCCUCUAGGAUAAAAUAUGAAAGAUUCAAAUUAGAUGUGAUUCGAAUAUAGUGUGAGAUGUGUGUUGUUAACUUGACUCGCUUGUUCGGACAAUUUGCAUCAGAAUAUAUCCGUUCAAGCCUUGGUGUGAACGGACCCUAAACAUUACUGUCUCACGUAAACGAGAUCACGAUGAUGAAGGGAGUUAAACAUGUAUUGCCGACGGGAAGGAAUGUUUACCCGGUGGCUUCCGUUAGACCCUUUGACCUGGCUUCUUGGAUAUUUGAGGUGAACUCUGCUGUUGUAAUACGCUUAAUACCGAAUUCUGAGAAAUUGAAUAUAAUGGAUUUGAAAGUUAAAUGUACAGUUAGGUGGAAGCUGAACCUCGAAGCUGUGAACGGUGGCGUCUCGUGGUGUGCUACUGACCGCAGUCUGCUGCCGGCCCCUAGUGCAUCUGCGGGUAAGGCGGUCACCCUGGACACCUCCCCCGCGGCCGAGCCCUCCUAUACCUCCCGCCGUGGAGGCUGGGGGGGCCCAAGGCUUCAUCACUCCUCAUACUUACGACGUCGUCACCAGAUGCCAUCAUCAACACUUCCUAUUUCUACUUUAAUAUUAGACAAAAUACUUAGAUUUUUAUGUCAUUACCUGUAUAGCGAUGUAUAUUUUGCUGGGAACUCAACUCUGGGCUUGCUCCUCUGACAUUGGCCAGUGAUCAUUAUUGGAAUUACUGUUUAGUUUGCUGCUUCAGUAGAGCACUUUACUCCUGACGCAGUUUGUAUCUCUCAUCUCUCGCUUUCCCUCUCUGGUGGCAAUAUAUUCCACAUAUGGUAUGGAGACUAUUGUUCAUAGUUCUUACGCUAUCGAGCCCUGGGUUGAGCAAGAGCCACAUGAGGCCCCAUCUAACAGGGUCUCACGCUGGUGCGGAUCAUCUCACAGCCAGAGAUGAAGGUGCUGGAGGUAAGACACACCCCCCAGCAGGCCCUCCCCUCCCUCCGCCACACUAACAACCUUCUAUGGUCACCACAACCAAACAAGGAAUACACGGCGUUAACAGGUAUUUAUUUGGGAGGAAAAUCUACAGUGAAGAUUCAAGAAGAGGAGGAGGAGGAGGAGGAGCAGCGGGUGUGUCAGCCCUGUACGGCGUGUUACUCUGAAGGCAACGCGCCGAGACCCUACUUAACCUACAGCACCUGCGGGGUUGACUGGAGUAAAAUAACCUCGCUCCUGCAGGCACCGACCGGGAUAAGUCUUGGGGUUCAUUAAAUAUUAUGAACACCCGGACAGUGACCAGUUACUUGGCUCUCGUGUAUGGUUGAACGUCCUUAGGGUAUUCUUGAGUGUGUCAGAGAGAGGCCAAGUGUGUUCUGCUGUCAAGACCGGUUAGGAAGCUCCCCGGGCAGCUUGCUAAUGUUCCAGUGAGUGGCAAUAAUAGACCCGUUUCUGUGCUCCGUGUGAUGCGCCUGUAUACUGUAAGGUCUCUGUAAAUAUGGGAUGUGAGGUUGUGUAUAGUGUGAGAGUGAGCACGGUAACAUGUUCUCUGUAUUUUACUUGAACAAGAGUUUUGUAGUUUUAUAUAUGAUGACUGUAUAACUUAAGUCACAGCCAACAGUGUACUCCCUGGCAUGUGAUACAAGGCUGUAGGUGUAUUGUAAAACUUUUUGUUUGACAGUUUUCAUUUAAUAUUAAUUUGUCAGUAGGUUACAUUUAUCUUUUUUUUUACAAUUACUAUCAUUAUUUUUAUGCUGACUCGUUAGCGUUAGGGAAUAAUGAUAUCCAGUGAGGCUCUGUAGAUAUCUAGAUAAAUUAUGGUUUCAAAAAGUUAGUUUUCUCUUGUUAAUUUUUACCUGUGACAGAUAUUAACUCAGUAGUGGUCCAGUGUGUAGUCACCGGUAUGCACCGACUUGCAGCCCAGCUCACCCGGGCGACUGUGUAGUUACCUCAACACACUCUAGGUUGAAAUAGAAAUAACACAUAUUUAUAAUUUUGUUUUUGUUUGUUGAUGUAAAUAGUGGAACCCCCAACAAGAGUCCAGCAGAGGAAAACUUCCCUGACUGUGACACUCGCCUUAGUCGGCUCACCGCUAUGGUGUGUCACUCUCCCUACAGAUGUAUCGUUUUUAUAAUUACUUAAUAAAAAAUAAAUCUA